AUGGCGACUACUAUUGAGACACAGGUGCAGUAUAACAACACCUACAUGAUGACUACGGAAGAGUACAUGACUCAGGAGGACAGCUGGGACAGGGACCUUCUGCUGGACCCAGCCUGGGAGAAACAGCAGAGGAAGACGUUCACAGCGUGGUGUAACUCUCAUCUGCGUAAAGCAGGAACUCAGAUCGAGAACAUUGAAGAGGAUUUCAGGAAUGGCCUCAAACUCAUGCUGCUGCUCGAGGUCAUCUCAGGCGAGAGACUUCCCAAGCCUGACAAAGGAAAGAUGCGUUUCCACAAGAUCGCCAACGUCAACAAGGCUCUGGAUUACAUCUGUAGCAAAGGAGUCAAACUGGUGUCCAUCGGAGCUGAAGAGAUUGUUGAUGGAAACGUGAAAAUGACUCUUGGAAUGAUCUGGACCAUCAUUCUGCGUUUCGCUAUCCAGGACAUCUCAGUGGAGGAGACAUCUGCUAAAGAGGGUCUUCUGCUGUGGUGUCAGAGGAAGACCGCCCCCUACAGGAACGUCAACGUACAGAACUUCCACAUCAGCUGGAAGGACGGCCUCGCUCUGUGCGCUCUCAUCCACAGACACAGACCAGACCUCAUCGACUACUCUAAACUCAGAAAGGACGACCCUAUUGGAAACCUGAACACUGCGUUUGAGGUGGCAGAGAAAUACCUGGACAUCCCGAAGAUGCUGGACGCUGAAGACAUUGUUAACACCCCUAAACCUGAUGAGAAAGCCAUCAUGACCUACGUGUCCUGCUUUUACCAUGCUUUCGCCGGUGCCGAACAGGCCGAGACGGCUGCUAACAGAAUCUGCAAGGUUCUGGCUGUGAACCAGGAGAACGAAAGGCUGAUGGAGGAGUACGAGAAACUGGCCAGUGAGUUGUUGGAGUGGAUCCGCCGCACCAUCCCGUGGCUUGAGAACCGCGUGGCGGAGCAGACCAUGCGGGCCAUGCAGCAGAAGCUGGAGGAUUUCCGGGACUACAGGCGCGUCCACAAGCCUCCACGCGUUCAGGAGAAAUGCCAGCUGGAGAUCAACUUCAACACCCUGCAGACGAAACUGCGCUUGAGCAACCGCCCGGCCUUCAUGCCCUCCGAGGGGAAGAUGGUGUCGGACAUUGCUAAUGCAUGGAAAGGUCUGGAGCAGGUGGAGAAGGGCUAUGAGGAAUGGCUCCUCACUGAGAUCCGCCGUCUGGAGAGACUCGAUCAUCUGGCCGAGAAGUUCAAGCAGAAAUGCUCCCUGCACGAGUCCUGGACCGCAGGGAAGGAGCACCUGCUGUCUCAGAAGGACUACGAGACGGCCUCUCUGAUGGAGAUCCGGGCCCUCAUGAGGAAACACGAGGCGUUCGAGAGCGACCUGGCCGCCCACCAGGAUAGAGUGGAGCAGAUAGCAGCCAUCGCUCAAGAGCUGAAUGAGUUGGACUAUCAUGAUGCCACUUCCGUCAACGCCCGCUGCCAGGGCAUCUGCGACCAGUGGGACAACUUGGGAACCCUCACCCAGAAGAGGAGAGACUCUCUAGAGCGUGUAGAAAAACUGUGGGAAACAAUUGAUCAGCUGUACCUGGAGUUCGCCAAGAGGGCGGCGCCCUUCAACAACUGGAUGGAUGGAGCGAUGGAGGAUCUGCAGGACAUGUUCAUUGUGCACAGCAUUGAGGAGAUCCAGAGUCUGAUCACAGCUCACGACCAGUUCAAGGCCACCAUACCCGAAGCCGACAAGGAGCGCAUUGCCAUCAUGGGCAUCCAGAACGAGAUCACGAAGAUCGCUCAGACCUACGGCAUCAAGCUGGUCGGAGUCAAUCCAUACACGGUCCUCAGCCCACAGGACAUCAGCAACAAAUGGGAUGCUGUGAGGCAGCUGGUUCCCCACAGAGACCAGAUGCUCCAGGAGGAGGUCGCAAGACAACAGGCCAACGAGAGACUGAGGCGCUCCUUCGCCGCUCAGGCCAACAUCAUCGGACCCUGGAUUCAGACUAAGAUGGAGGAGAUUGGUCACGUGUCGGUGGAUAUCGCCGGCUCUCUUGAGGAACAGAUGAAUAAUCUGAAGCAGUACGAGCAAAACAUCAUUAACUACAAAUCCAACAUUGACAAACUGGAGGGAGAUCACCAGCUCAUUCAGGAGGCCCUAGUCUUCGACAACAAACACACCAACUACACCAUGGAGCAUGUCCGUGUGGGAUGGGAGCAGCUGCUAACCACCAUCGCUCGCACCAUCAACGAGGUGGAGAACCAGAUCCUGACCCGCGACGCCAAGGGCAUCAGCCAGGAGCAGCUCAACGAGUUCAGAGCCUCCUUCAACCACUUCGACAGGAAGAGAAACGGCAUGAUGGACCCCGACGAUUUCCGCGCAUGUCUGAUCUCUAUGGGUUACGAUCUGGGUGAGGUGGAGUUCGCCCGCAUCAUGACCCUGGUGGACCCCAACAACACAGGCGUGGUCACCUUCCAGGCCUUCAUCGACUUCAUGACGCGCGAGACCGCUGAAACCGACACUGCUGAACAGGUCGUGGCGUCCUUCAAGAUCCUGGCUUCCGACAAGCCCUUCAUCACUGUGGAAGAGCUUCGUCGUGAACUCCCCCCCGAGCAAGCCGAGUAUUGCAUCAGCCGCAUGACCAAGUACAUCGGCCCCGAAGGGUCCCCUGGAGCCCUGGAUUACAUCUCCUUCUCCAGCGCCCUCUACGGAGAGAGCGAUUUAUAAACGUCUUUCAUUUUCUCCUUCUUUCUCUCUCCUCU